GAGGUGGGUCGCGUCGGCCAUUACCACUGCCUGGUGAUGGAGCUGGUGGACGGGGGCGACCUCUACCAGCACGUAAUGAGGCGGGGCGGCCUGCCAGAGCCCGAGGUCAUGGUCAUGUUUGCCCAAGUCCUGGCGGCUGUGGCCCACUGCCACGCACAGCGGGUGGCGCACAGGGACCUCAAGCUGGGGAACCUGCUGCUGGACUCUCAGCUCAACGUGAAGCUGGCGGACUUUGGGCUCAGCUGCCAUCUGCCCGAGGGCGAGCUGGUGCAGGGCUUCCGCGGGACCCCAGAGUACAGCGCCCCCGAGGUGUUCCGGCAGGAGCCGUAUGAUCCAUUCGCAGCAGACCUUUGGAGCCUGGGGGUCAUCCUCUUUGCCAUGCUGGCGGGGGCCAUGCCCUUCAGCGGGAACGACUUGGUGGAGCUGCGGGACUGCAUCCAGAGGGGGAGCUACGAGCUCCCGUGUGCGGCCAGCCCAGCCCUGGAGGAGCUCCUGAGCUCACUCCUCAGCCCAGACCCCUGCGACAGGCCUACAGCGGAAUCUGCCCGCCAGCAAUGGUGGUUUGACCCCUUACAAGAGGAAACUGAGGGCGAGGAGGUGAUCGUGGUGCAGCCCCUGGGGGUUCCCGAGGACCCAGACGCCCAGGAGUACCUGGCGGGCCUGGGUCUGCUUCCGGACGCUGGAGCCUCGGUGCCAUCUGGUCCUGGAGGAUCCAGCCGGAUGUCCCUGCAGCCGGACUCCCGGAGCCUGGAGCAGGGACACAGGGAGCCCGAGCCUGAGCUGGAGUCCAAGUCCGAGGCGGAGUCGGAUUCAGAGUUGGUGCUGGAGCCGGAGCCCAUGCCCAAGCCGGAACCUAAGCCAGAUUCUGCCGUUGCUGCCCCCGUGCUGGCCGUUUCCCUCCCUGGACAGCUGCAGGAGAGGAGCUCUGGUGCCAGCCCAGCCCCCGAGCCUGUCCCUGUGCCUGCCCCCUCCACCCCCAGCCCCAGGAGCAGUCCGCACCUGGUGGUGCCAGAGGUCCCAGCAGCUGAGCCUGAGGAGGCUGGGCCCUCAGCAUCGGCCUCUGUCCCGAGCAAGGGCCGGCAGGGGCUGGGCAGGAGGAUUGGCAGGAGCAUCCUCAGAUUCCUCCUGCGUGCCUGCUGCCUGCCGGCCCCAGCCAGAGGCCCUGGCCCCCGCAGCCGAAAGGUGGCCCCCAGGUAGCCUGCCUCAGUGAGCAAGCUGAGCUGCCUGAGGGCUCUCAUUUCUUGAGAGCUUUCUGUGCUUCUCGUCAAUAAAAAGCUAAGCUUUAUCCAUGGAA